AUGGCAGAUCAUGCAAAGAUUGUAUUUGAAGAAAAACCACGGUGGAAUAGAACAGAAGAAGAAAAUAUGAGAAUUUCAGUAGCGUCACUUAUUCCGACUAACAGCUCAAUUACGGUAACACAAUUAGAGUCUUUCGAAUUUGAUGAAAUAGACAUCAUUCCAAUACCUGAUCUCGCUAACAGAAGAAUUCCAAAAAUUGCGUACAAUUCAUUAGCUAUCUCUUUAAAACACAAAAUUUAUAUCACAGAAAACGGUUGGGAAAGAGAAAGAAUAAGUGAUUCAAUGGAUCUACUUAUGUCGCAAUUGAUAAUAAAUAAGGUGUUUAAUAACACGUCUUGUGAAAUUUUAACCCUAAUGAAUGAAUCAUGUUCUUUAGUAAUAAAAUAA